AUGGUGCAGCGAUUAGUGCUCUGGCCUCACAGCAAGACGGUCCUGGGUCUCUUCUCACGGUCUCUUCUCACGGUGUCUCUUCUCACGGUGUCUCUUCUCACCGUGUCGGUUGUGUUCCAGGUCUCUUCUCACGGUCUCUUCCCGGCCAUCCUGAACCUGGCGAGUAACGCGGUGAUCACCAGCAACGCGACCUGCGGAGACCCUCAGCCAGAGAUUUAUUGUAAACUGGUUGAACAUGUCCCUGGAAGGAGGAUCAAGAACCCGCACUGUCCCCGAUGUGACGCCAACUCCGUCCUGCCCAAAGAACGACAUCCGAUCACCAACGCCAUCGACGGAACCAACCAGUGGUGGCAGAGUCCGAGCAUCAAGAACGGACGGCAGUUCCACUGGAUCACCGUCACUCUGGAUCUCAAGCAGAUUUUCCAGGUUGCCUAUAUAAUCAUCAAAGCAGCCAACUCUCCCCGACCAGGGAACUGGAUCCUGGAGCGUUCUCUGGACGGUGUGACCUUUGACCCCUGGCAGUACUACGCGAUCAGUGACUCGGAGUGUUUAACCCGUUACAACAUCCGGCCGAGGCUGGGACCGCCCACCUACAGGACGGACACCGAGGUCAUCUGCACGUCCUACUACUCCAGACUCAACCCUCUGGAACAUGGAGAGAUCCACACCUCGCUGAUUAAUGGUCGACCUGGAGCUGAUGAUUUGACCUCUGACCUCCUGAGCUUCACGUCAGCCCGUUACAUCAGACUGAGGCUUCAGCGAAUCAGAACCCUGAACGCUGACCUCAUGACGCUGAGCUUCCGGGACCCACGAGACAUCGACCCCAUCGUGACCCGGCGGUAUUAUUACUCCAUCAAAGACAUCUCGGUGGGGGGGAUGUGCAUCUGCUACGGCCACGCCCAGAGCUGCCCGCUGGACCCCGUUACCAAGAAGCUGCAGUGUGUUUGUGAACACAACACCUGUGGGGAGAACUGCAAUGAGUGUUGCCCUGGUUACCACCAGCUGCCAUGGCAACCGGGAACUGUCUCCCAGGGGAACACCUGUGAACGGUGUAACUGUCACAACAAAGCUUUGGACUGUUUCUACAAUCAGACGGUUUCUGAGCUGUCGCUGAGUUUGAACAUCCAUGGCGUUCGUCGAGGGGGCGGAGUCUGUAUCGACUGUCAGCAAAACACAGCCGGAGUCAACUGUGAGACCUGCAGGGACGGGUUCUACAGACCAUCCGAGGUUUCCCCUCACUCGGACUCCCCCUGUGUUGAGUGUAACUGUGAUCUGAGAGGAUCAAAGUCUUCAGUCUGCAGGAGAGACGACAGUCAGCCGGGUGAGGAUUCAGGUGUGUCUGCAGGACAGUGUGUGUGUCACCCGGGUUUUGCAGGUCGCCGCUGUGAUCGUUGUGCGUUUGGAUUCCAGGACUUUCCUCAGUGUGUUCGCUGUGACUGUAACCUGGCAGGAAGCACCAACACUGACCCCUGUCAGCCCUGCACCUGCAAGGUCCAUGUGACGGGGUCUCACUGUGACUCAUGUAAACCAGGAUUCUACAACCUGCAGCAGAACAAUCCUCAAGGCUGCAGCCACUGCUUCUGCUCCGGAGUGUCUGACGUGUGUGAGAGCUCCAGCUGGUCCAGAGCCCAGCCGAUCCAUGACGGCGUUGUCGUCCAUGGCAACAGCCUCCCUGAGCCCGGCAACGGGUCGUCCGGUCACACCCUGCAGUGGAACGCUCCGGACCGCUUUCUGGGCAACAAGUUGGUGUCUUAUGGAGGGUUCCUGAACUUCUCCCUGUCAUACGACGUUCCGUCGGAUAACGAGUUCCGCUCCCUGGCGGUCCAGUGUGACGUCACCGUUCAGGGUGGCAGCCGGGCUCUCCGCCUGUGGCCCGCCCUCCUCCUCUUCCUGUCUCCGCUGGCCGAGCAGCCGGCGUCCCUCCAGAUGCUCCCUCGGCGAUUCGUGGACAGUCGGACGGGAGAUCCCGUCACCCGGGACGACCUGCUGUUGGUCCUCGCUGGCGUGACGGCGCUGAGGGUCAGAGUUCACUCCAACGCCUCGGCGGACGGUCCGGUCCGGCUGAGCUGGGUCUCUCUGGAUGUGGCAGACUCCCACUCCACAUCUGCAUCUCCCCUGAUUGACGUGGAAACCUGUGAAUGUCCGUGGGGCUACAGUGGCACUUCCUGUGAGACAUGUUUGCCAGGUUUCUACAGAGUGGGCGGAGUCUUGUUUGGAGGAAACUGUUUGCAGUGUGAGUGUAACGGUCAUUCUACCCAGUGUGACGCCCAAGGAGUGUGUUUGAGUUGUGUCCAUAACACCACUGGUUCCCACUGUGAGGCUUGUCUUCCUGGUUUCUAUGGCGAUGCCACUGAGGGGACAGCCCAGGACUGUCGGGCGUGUCCCUGUCCUCUGACAGAGCCGUCCAACAGGUUCAGUCCCACCUGUGUGCUGGACGGCUCGGGACGCGUGUCAUGUGACCAGUGUGAGGACGGAUAUGCUGGAGACAAGUGUGAAAGGUGUGCGCCAGGUUUCUAUGGUAACCCUGAGGUAGUGGGCGGGGCUUGUGCCCGCUGUCAGUGUCACGGGAAUGUGGACGUCAGUGACGUGGGACACUGUGACACCGUCACCGGGGACUGUCUGCGUUGCCUUGGAAACACAACUGGGAGACACUGUGAGCUCUGUCUGCCUGGUUACUAUGGAGACGCUGUGACCGCCAAGAACUGUCAGGACUGCGGCUGUUCUCUCAGCGGCUCCCUCUACAGUCAGUGUGACGUCGCUACAGGUCAGUGUGUCUGCAGAGAACACCUGACUGGACGGACCUGUGACCGCUGCCAGGCUGGCUUCUUCAGGGCGUCCAGUGGGCGGGGCUGUCUCCCCUGUGGCUGCAGCCAAUCAGGAUCUGUGUCCCAGUCGUGUGACGGGAAGGGGCGGUGCCAGUGUAUAGAGGGCGUGGCUGGAGACAAGUGCACCCGCUGUGGCCAUGGCUACUACGGUUUCCAUGACAACGGCUGCACAGCAUGCACCUGUGAUCACACCGGCGGUCACUGUGAUCCGGAGACUGGAGAAUGUGUCUGCCCCGCCCACACCCAAGGGGACGCCUGCGAGAGGUGUGAGUCAGGUUCCUGGGGUCAUGACCUGCUGACUGGCUGCAAGCUGUGCAGCUGCAGUUCUGCAGGAAGCUCCGCCCCUCAGUGUGAUCUGACCAAUGGGCAGUGCCGGUGCAGAGAGGGCUUCGGCGGACGGACAUGUGCCCAGUGUGCCCCUGGUUACCAUGGUUACCCCGACUGCAGGGAGUGCGGCUGUGACGUGGCAGGAACUGACGAGACGUUCUGCAACGUGACCCGGGGAGUGUGCGACUGUCGACACACUGGAGAGUGUGUGUGCAAGGUGGGCGUGUCCGGGCGUCGCUGUGAGGAGUGCGUCGCCGGGCGCUUCGGUCUGUCGGAGGAGAACCCUGCUGGAUGUUCUCAGUGCUUCUGUUCCGGUGUGAGCAGAGACUGCGAGGAGCAGGGAGGCCUGAGACGAGUCCCUAUCACCGUGGAUCCGUCUCCUGGUGUCCUGCCGGUGGUCCAGCUGUCCGACCUUCAGGAUGUCCUGUCUGCCGUCCACCAGCAGGGCGGCGACUGGGUUCUGGACGUUCAGCAGCUGCAGACCAGACGUUCCACCGUUCCUCUGUACUGGAGGCUGCCGGAGCAGUUCCAGGGAAACCAGUUGUUGUCAUACGGCGGCCUGUUGUCGUACAUCUUAACCUUCUACGCUGAGGACGGUUCAGGGUUGUCCAAUCAGGAGCCUCAAGUGCUGCUGAGGGGCGGGACUUUGAGAAAAGUUGUCAUCUACACCGACAUGACUCCGCCCACCAACGGCGUGAGGACUCAGCACAGCGUCCGCCUGACGGAGCACCGGUGGCGGUACUUUAACUCCGUCCUGGAGACGGCGGUGAGCCGAGACGACUUCAUGCUCGUCCUCAGUGAUGUUGAAUAUUUGUUGAUCAAAGCUUCAUACGGGACGAGACUGGAGCAGAGCAGGAUCUCCAACAUCACCAUGGAGACAGCUGUUGACAUGGACGAAGGGUCAGAGGUCAGAGGGGGUGGAGCCACGUUGAUUGAGUCCUGUGUCUGUCCUCCUGGCUACAGCGGACGAUCCUGUGAGGAGUGUGCGGCAGGUUUUUUCCGUCAGCCUCUCUCUGAGUUGUCGUCUCGCUCUCAGAAGUCGAUGUUUGUUCUUCCCUGUGUUCCAUGUCGCUGCAACAACCACAGUGAGAGCUGUGACAGCCGGACCGGCGACUGUCAGGACUGUAAACAUCACACCAGUGGGAGGAGCUGUGAGCUCUGCUCCGCUGGUUACCAUGGAAACGUUAGUGGCUUCAUCAGUGACUGUUCACCGUGUGCCUGCCCCCUACUGGACAACAGUUUCAGUGACACCUGUGUGUCAGAUGGGAUUCUUGGUGAUUUCCGCUGCACUUCCUGUCAGAUGGGCUAUGAGGGACGGUACUGUGAGAGGUGUGCGACCAGUUACUAUGGUAACCCAGGGGUGGUGGGUGGAGCCUGUGUGCCAUGUGACUGCAGUGGGUGGGGCUCCGUUCAGCCACUCUGCGACCACCUGACUGGACAGUGUGAGUGCAAAGCUGGGGUCAAAGGUCAGUCAUGUGACCGGUGUGAGGAUCGGCAUGUGAAGCAGGGAGCCGAGUGUGUAUCGUGUGGCGACGGCUGCGCCAGCGUUCUGCUGGACCAGCUGGACCAGCUGGACGGGGUCCGGCGCUCUCUGGAUGUGAGCAGCGUUUCCUGGGCGCCGGUCUGGCAGCUGGUCAAGGUGGAGAACCGCAGCAGGAACCUUCAGGCCGUGUUCUCCAGCAACUCGUCUUUCCAGCUCCGUCUGUCCCGAGUGGACGACGACUUGGAUCAAGUGAAGUUGGACCUCAGCGUUCUGGUGACCCAGCUCAGACAUCUGACAGAGGAGCUGGACGGAGUGGACAUGUCCACCAGCAGAACCUCCAGCAGGGCGGCGCUGCUCCAGGAGAACAUCAGGAUCCUGCAGGAGAACAUCAAGGAGCUGCAGAUGGAGGCGGAGCAGAUGGAACCCGGCACAGAGGAGGUGGAUUCAGCCAAUCAGAUCCGUCUGAUGAAGGACGCCCAGCUUCUACUGGAGGACAUCAGACGUGUCAAUCAAACAGCAGCGAAGGAAGCAGCCAAUCAGGAGCUGAGUUUAACUGCAGCUCUGGACGAACUGCAACAAGCAGAGAAACACCUGGAGGAGGCGUCACAGAACAACAACCGGAGCCUCGGCGUGCUGGAGACGACAGCGGGACUGCUGCAGCAACACCGGGACGUCCACCAGGACCUGCUCGUCCUCUGUGGUUCCGUUGAAGGACACGUUGAGGACAGUCGGUCGUCUCUUGGAUCUGCCGUCAGUCUGAUGGAGGACUUGAUCAACAGCAGCUCAGUGGACGUGUUGUCCAGCCAGCUGGAGCAGUGGCGCCCCCUGCUGCGGAAACAGGUGGACACUCUGGUGGUCGGACUCAAGACGACAGACGCUCUGGAGAAAGUUUAUCGUGCAGAAAGCCACGCCCACCUGCUGGAGAGCCACGCCUACCACAUGCAGAGCUCUCUGUCUUCAGUGAGAAACAUGUCUCAGAACGGCGUCCGAUUGGCUCAGAUAAGAAAUGACAUCACAGAUAGAGUUGACUCCGCCCACCAGGCUGCUGCCACCGCACUUCAGUCUGCAGCUGCAGCCGUCAACAUGUUUCCACCUGUUUACCUUCCAGAGCUGCAGAGAAACGUCUCCGUGGCAACCAGCAGACUGUGGCUGGUCAGAGAGGACAUCUCCAACUUCACCCUUCUUCUCAGCCAGCCAAUCAGAGAGCUGCAGCGCCUUUCCAACGGUGUUUCCCAGCAGCUGCAGCAGGCUCAGCUCGGGGCUGCAGCAGCUCGCUCCGACCUGCAGGCGGCGCUGCAGCGGCUGCACGGCUUCACCGAGCGGCUGCAGGAGUCACGGACGACGCUCGCAGACGCCGCCGCCGCCGCCACGCAGACGGACGCGCUCAUGAGCCAGACGCAGGCUGCAGCCAAUGAGGUGCAGCACAGGCUGGAGGAGGCGGAGCUUCGGACACAGCGUCUGAUGGACAGGAUACAGCCGCUGAGCAUGCUGGGAGAACGGCUGGGCAGGAACCUGUCAGAUAUCAGAGACCUGAUCAAUCAGGCCCGGAGACAGGCGGCAUCGAUCAAAGUUGCCGUGGCUGCAGACAGAAACUGUGUCCGGACGUACAAACCAAACAUCCAGUCGAGCAACUUCAACCAGCUGAGUCUGACUGUGAAGACCAGGACCAAGGACAACCUGCUGUUCUACCUGGGCAGCAACACAACGGCGGACUUCCUUUUGGUAGAGGUGCAUGAUGGGAAAGUGUCCCUGCAGUGGGAUUUGGGUUCCGGGGGAACCAAGCUGGACUUCACCGGAGUCGACAUCACCAACAACAGGUGGACCAGAAUCAACGCCACCCGGUUCGGGUCCCGCAGCACUCUGUCGGUCCAACAGCUGGACUCCGGGUCAGGUCCACUUCCUGCCGUGACGGGAACGUCUCCAGGGUCCUCCAGGGUUCUAGACAUCGACAGAAACACUGUUCUUCACAUCGGAGGGCUGGGACCAGACACUCAGGGUCCUCCAGGACUGCGGUCCUCGUCCUUCCAGGGCUGCCUGGGCGAGGCGUCUCUGAAUGAGAAGAACAUCGGUCUCUGGAGCUACGAGCGGCAGGACGGACAAUGUGGAGGCUGUUUCAGCAGCCCCCAGGCGGAGGAGACGUCCUUCCACUUCGAUGGAUCUGGAUUCUCAUUGGUCCAGAAAUCUCUGCGUGCGACGUCCACGUCUGUCGUGCUGCAGUUCAAAACUCUGUCCCCUGCUGGACUGUUGCUCUACCUGUCCUCCAACAACACCAGGGACUUCCUGUCCAUGGAGCUGGUUAAGGGACACGUUCACCUGACCUUUGACCUUGGCUCAGGCGCUCUCAUCCUGACCUCUAAAAGGGUUUACAACACGGGAGAAUGGUUCAAGGUCACCCUGCAAAGGAACAGACGCAAAGGUUAUCUGUCCAUCAUGGCAGCCAACCAAUCAUCAGAGAAGGAGGUGUUGGAGGCGGAGUCUCCGGGAACGGCGUCAGACCUGAACCGCUCUGACCUGGACCCGAUCUACAUCGGGGGACUUCCUGCUUCCAGACCAAUCAGGCGACAGCUGGUGUCCAGGUCAUAUGUGGGCUGCAUCAAGAAUGUGGAGAUCGCUCGGUCCAACUUUGACCUGCUGAGGGACGCCUACGGAGUCCGGAAAGGCUGCGUGCUCGAGGCGGUGAGGAGUGUGUCGGUGUUCUCUCCUGGGUUCCUUCAGAUCGUCUCACAGUCGUUCUCCCAGGAAGCCGAGCUCCUCUUCUCCUUUACCUCCAACAACCAGUCAGGAGUUCUGCUGGCCGCCUUCAGUGAGAACCGAGCUCAGCGUCAGCAUUUCCUGUCAGUUCACCUGCUGUCAGGUGACCUGGAGGCGGAGUUUGGUGAGAGAAACGGCGUCUCUCGCCGUGUUACUGUGACAAAACCUGUGGGAGGUUCCUUCAGUGACGGAACGCAACACUCUGUGAUCAUAACCAUCAACAGGAAGUCACUGUCUCUGCAGGUGGACGAGGAAAAGGUGAAGUCUGUCUCUCUGUUUCCGGGCGGAUUUUCUCGCCUGUCUCCAGCGUCCUUCUUCAUUGGUGGACUCCCGGCAGCUGUCGGGUUGCAUCUGCCAAUCAGAUUGCAGGGUUUAUCUGCAACUUUCAGAGGCUGCAUCCAACACGUAGUGAUUGGAGGAGCGCUGGUGGACCUAUCAGGAGCUGUGCUGUAUGAGGGGGUGGAGCUAGACCGCUGCCUGUUGGAGCAGAGGGCGGAGCCUGUGGUGUUCCCCGAUGAUCAAGAUAUUGAAGCAACACCGGACCCCGCCCACCUCCCUGUGGCUCCGCCCACACACCUGAGUGCCCUGACUCCCGCGGCGCAGACGUGUGCGUCACAGCAGGAGAACCACUUCCUGCCGUCGGCCGCUCACUUCGGGUCCUCCAGGAACAGUCACAUGACCUUCAGCAUCAACCCCGGCGCCGUCCGCAAGAGUGUGUCAGUGAGGUUGUCGGUUCGAAGCUGGGCUGAGGACGGGCUGAUCCUCGUCCUCUCGGACUCCAAGCAGAUGGACUUCGUGGCGGUGGGACUGAGACGGGGACGUGUCCUCCUGUCGGUGGACCUGGGGAAAGGCCCGUCCUCCGUCACCUCGUCCGUCCCGGUGAACGACGGCCAGUGGCACGCGGUGACGGCGGAGCUGAGCCGCCGGACGGCGUCCCUGUCGGUGGACGGUUCGAGUCCCGACGUCGCCUCAGUCAGAGGAAACCAGCUGGACGUGGACGGAAGACUUUACCUGGGAGGACUACCUGCUGCUGUCAGCGGCCGCCGGAUCAACGUCAGCAGCAGUCUUCCUGGCUGCAUUCGGUCCGUCAGUCUGAACGGCGCCAUGUUGGAUCUGUCGGCUCCGGCCUCGAUGCAUGACGUCACUUCCUGUUUCGCCAAGGACCAGACAGGAAGUUACUUCAACGGCAGUGGAUACGCCGAACUCAUGCAUCAUGGUUAUAAAGUGGGCUCAGACCUGACCGUGUCCCUUGAGUUCCGAACCAGCCAAUCGGACGGCGUGUUUCUGGGGAUCAGCAGUGCCAAAGUGGACGCCAUCGGUCUGGAGCUGGUGGACGGACAGGCGGUCUUCAACGUGAACAACGGCGCCGGCCGGGUGUCGGUUCGCUCCGCCGCCGGCCUGCUGUGUGACGGGCGCUGGCACCACCUGCUGGCCAGGAAGACCAAACACAGCCUGAGUCUGCUGGUGGACGGGCGGAGCUACUCCACCCACAACCCCUACCCACAAUCCACCUCUGCUGAGACCAACAACCCUGUUUAUGUGGGAGGCUUUCCUGGGGGAAUCAAACAGAACUGUCUGUCCAUCAGCUCCAAGUUUCGAGGAUGUUUGAAGAACCUGCAGCUCAUAAAGUCUCACCUGCGGGACACUCUGGAUCUUAGCUCCACCCACUUCUCACUGGGGGUCACGCCCCUCUCCUGUCCUGCUGCCUGA